GCAAUUUCUUUGUAGCCCUGGAAAUAACAAGGCCGUUUCGCUAAUAACCGCUUUGGCUUUGGGAUUAGUAAUUAUUUUAGCGAGGUUCUACCGAAGCAAAACUCAUAUAACUGAUAUUUGAUUGCAGAUAUUGAUGAGUGCGCAGAUCCUCAACAUUACCCUUGUUCUGUCAAUGGAACUUGCAAAAACAUACCUGGUCUAUUUGAGUGUUUGUGCCCCGACGGUUACAGCGGCGAUGCAAAAAAUGGGACCUGCGAGAGACCUCCGCGCAACCGUCUUGGAGCAAAACUCGCAAUUGGUACGCCCAUAAUCCAUACCACACAUACUACACAUCUUUACACCAAAGUGGACUUCAUUUAAUCCCUUUCCUCCAAUUAAGAAAUUAUAUUGUAUAUUCUCUCCACAAGUAGACCUAUUUAAAUUUAAUAACCUCACAAAAAAAGUGUGAAUGUGCAUCAAUGUCAAAAGCACAUGCUAAUGAAAAACCUUCAUUCAUCCCUGCAGGCGCUUCUGUCGGCAUUUUGGUUGGUCUUGUUGGUUUCCUUGGGGUAGAAGUGAUCCGGCACAAAAGGAGUAUAAAAAGACAAGCCCUCAAUAGACAGAGCGACGAGUAUUUCAAACAGCACGGGGGCGAGAUACUGGCAGAGAUGACCAGGGACGGGCACGGGCGUAGCAUCCCGUUCGCCGUCUACACAAGGGAGGAGAUCGAGGCGGCAACAGGUAGCUUCAACAAGGCGAACAUCGUCGGGGAAGGCGGGCAGGGGACCGUCUACAAGGCGGUCCUCCGCGGCGCCGCCGUCGCGGUCAAGAGGUGCAAGGAGGUGGACGAGAGCAGGACCAAGGACUUCGUGCAGGAGCUGGUGAUCCUCUGCCGCGUCGACCACCCCAACAUCGUCAAGCUCCUCGGCUGCUGCCUGCAGUACGAGGCGCCCGUCCUCGUCUACGAGUUCGUGCCCAACAGAACCCUGCAGGAUCUGCUGCACCCCAGGAACCAGAGGUGCGGCGUCACGCUCGGGGCCCGUCUCAAGAUCGCCGCCCAGUCCGCCGGAGCACUCGCGCACCUGCACUCGGCGGAGCGCCCGAUACUCCACGGCGACGUGAAGCCCGCCAACAUCCUCCUCGGCGACGGCUGGGACGCCAAGGUGUCUGACUUUGGCUGCUCCACGAUCGACGAGAUGACCCAGGUUGUCCCCAAAGGCACGCCGGGGUAUCUUGACCCGGAGUACCUUCUUGAUUACCAGCUCACCGUCAAGAACGACGUCUACAGCUUUGGGGUGGUUCUUCUCGAGCUCCUGACCGGGAAGAAGCCGCUGUCCAAGGAAAGGAAGAGCCUCACUGUGAUGUUUCAGGAGUCUAUGGCGGAUGGCACACUCCAUGAACUCCUUGAUAGGGGGAUAUCAGAUGAGGCUAACAUGGCGGUGAUUCUCCAGGUUGCAGAGCUGGCGAAUCAAUGCUUACUUGCUCCCGGUGCGAGUAGGCCGGCGAUGAGGUUUGUGGCGGAGAAGCUCCGGCGACUGGCUGAUGGAGUGCAGGAGCCGUCACAGCUGCCGCUUGUCCUCGAGGAUCUUAGCCCCAUGGGUGUUGGUGUUGGUGUUGGCAGCUCCUGCACAUCAACACUUUAUACUACCAAAAGCCAGACCACCGGGUAUUUCAGCCUUGAGAAGAAAACCGCGCUGAGCAUAGAAUACGCCCGAUGAGAUCACGAGGAACAGGUUGCGAUUGUUUGAUGUAAGAUCAAAAUCAUAAUUGUGGAUUGCUCUGAAAUUCAGCAUUCAUCAACUCUUAUUUUACAAAAUGUAUUAGGGAUCGUUUGGCAAGA